AUGACAACAGUUAAAUCAAUCAUUAGACCUGAAAGAGUUGUUUUUGCUUCUCUUUUAAUUAUUCUCGUUCACGUAGUAGCUAGCUUGAUGAACACUCCCGCUUCUAUUUAGUUAAUUCUAAAUUCAGUCACUUGCGUUUACAUAGGCUGCUUUUUAACAUUUAGAGUAGAAAGAAAGCACAACGAAGAAUUCCAUAAAAGAUCUUUGAGCGAAGAUGCUGAAACUAUGACUUCUAAAGACGCUUUCUAGUUCCCUCUUUACGGUUCCCUUGUCUUAUUUGGUAUUUAUGUUCUUUACAAGUUCCUCCCUAAAGAAUAUCUCAGCUUCAUUUUCACUUCUCAUUUCAUGUUUAUUGGUAUCUUUUGCGUAGGAGCUGUUUUCGAAAUUCCUUUUUCAGCAGUAUUUUAAGACAAAUAUGAAAAGGUCAACGUCAUUAAGCGUAAAAUCAAUAUCAAUUUACCUCUCUUAAAGAAGGAAAUCGACUUAGACUUCAAUCUUUAACAAAUUAUUUGUAUCGCUCUUGCUUUGAUUCCUACUGUUUCUUACAUUCUCUCAAGAAACUGGAUUGCCAACAAUAUUUUUGGUAUUGCAUUCUCAGUUAUGGGUAUUAAUAACCUCGUCCUUCCCAACUUUAAGGUCGGUUAUAUUCUUAUGUGGGGUCUUUUCUUCUAUGAUAUCUUCUGGGUUUACGGAACUGAUGUUAUGGUCACAGUUGCCAAGAGUUUCGAUGCUCCAAUUAAGUUGAUCUUCCCCUUCGACUGGGAAAAUAACAAGCAUUCUAUGCUCGGUUUAGGUGACAUCGUCAUUCCUGGAGUCUUUGUAGCUCUUGCAUUAAAAUACGAUAUUGAUUAAUAACUUAAGAAAGCCAUUAAUAUUCAUGCAGUUAAAACCCCCUAUUUCAAUUGGUGCUUUGGUGGUUACAUUGCUGGAAUUAUCACCACUUUCGUUGUCAUGGUUGUAUUCAAUCACCCCUAACCUGCUCUCUUAUUCUUAGUCCCUGGAUGUACAAUUUCCGUUUUAAUUAAAGCCUUACUCGAUGGUAAAUUGAAGGAACUCUUCCUUUACGAAGAAUCUGAAAAAGGCAUUAGCAAUACCUAAGCAGUAUAAGAACAAAAAGCAGAUUGA